AUGGAUACUCCCUUGCAUGUCGCCAACGACUUCCCGGACGUGGCGUUGCGUCUGAAGGAGUUCAAGUAUAUUGCUUCUACCAGCCGUAACAACCGCUGCCUUCGAGCUCAAAUCCAAGCCGAUAUGAACUACCUCGAAGACGCGCUGCAUAAGCUCAAAACCAUCCACAACUCCUGCGUCGAUCUUCUUCGUAUCUCUCCUGAAAUCUUGUCCAAGAUCGUUGACUACCUGGUACUCGCCUAG